AGUUUGGGUUUCUUGCAUUUUCCACAUUCUGCUGUGUUUACGAGAUCACGUGACAUCCUGAGCUGGAGCUCAAGUUUGCAGCUAACUUUAUUUUCUUCCCAGUUUGCCGCUAAAAAUCCUUUCCAGACCGGGAUCGAUCCACUACCACGGGAAGGAAUGAACCAUGGUUGAGGUACGGGUGGAGUUUGAUUAUGAAGCAGAGCUGGAUGACGAGCUGUCGUUAAAGAUUGGUGACAUCAUCACCAACGUGAAGCAGCAAGAUGGCGGCUGGUGGGAGGGCGAACUGAACGGGAAGAAGGGCGUGUUCCCCGACAACUUUGUCAAGGUGAUAAAGAAAGGAUCUCCCCCGGCCAAACCAUCAGACAAGACAAACAGCCAAGAUAAGGACGAGGGGGGCAACGUGGCCAAGCUGGCGUCCCGGCUGAGCAUGAGGGGGGUCCCCCUGGCAGGCAUGGCCCCUCCUGGAGAGGGGGGUGUCACGAGAAGACCCACUGUGCAGAGGAGAGACCCAGCCCAAGCAGAAAAGACCAGAAAGCUGCGCUGCAAAGCCCAGUACAGCUACGCCCCAGAAAACAUGGACGAGCUUCGUCUGGAGGUGGGGGACGUGAUUGAGAUCCUGAAACAGGAGGAGGAGGGGUGGUGGGAGGGGUCGCUGAACGGCAAGUCUGGCGUCUUCCCAUCCAACUUUGUCGAAGUCAUCAAGGAAGAGGAUAAGGAGAACAUUGAGGAGCAUCAGAAGGAAAAACCUACUGCUCCACCACCUCAGCAAGAAGAAAAGAAUGGCCCAAGUGGUGAACCCCCGCAGCAACUCAAACAACCCAAGAAAGUACGAGGGGUCGGGCUGGGGGACAUCUUUGGCAACAGUCCUCUCACGCUGCGUACAAAGGCUACAGACUCUGUCCACGAGAAAGACAAACACUCACAUACAGACCACAUUGCCAAGAGUGGCUCACUGAAAAAGAAAGCUCCGCCUGUCCCAAGUGAACCCCCAGCUAAGGAUGAAAAAGCGCCCAAGCCAGUAGAAAAGGCGAAAGUUCUCUUCGACUACACGGCAGAGAACGAGGAUGAGCUGACGUUAAAGGUCGGGGAGGUCAUCAUCAUCAGGAGUAAGGAGAGUGUGGACAGUGGUUGGUGGGAGGGAGAGGUCGGCGGCAGGGUCGGAGUCUUCCCCGACAACUUCGUGGAACUGCUGCCACCAGAGGAGCAGGGGCCAGACGUGCCGCCUAGACAGGUACUACGGAAAGUUCUUCCUCCUCGACCAAAGAAGCCGCCACCACCAUCGGCCUCAGUCAAACCUGUAGGAGGUCCAAACAAGCUUUCUCACGACAAGAAGCAUGAAGAGAAACAUGACGAGAAAGCUGAAAAAAAGGAGCACACAGACAAACCAACCAACAAACCCGACGAUCUCCCUGCCAGGCACCUGGGUAGUCUGGGUAGAAAACCUGGCACACUACCCCCCAAACCUUCAGGUUCCAUUGAGGAAAAGUUAGACAAAAAGUCGGCCACCCUCCCGAUCAUUCCUCCUAAGAAGCCGGGUCCUCCAACCACAGCCAAGAAACCAACCUUCGCAAAAAGUACAGAAUCUCUCAACUCUACAUCAUCCACUGAACAAAAUGCAGACGGUGAGCUUGGUAACUUUGACCACAUUCAGGUGUCCCCAGACAAACUGACACACCUGACAGCACAGAGAGCCAAACAUCCCAACAGGAGACCCCCCUCCAUGUUCGCCUCUCCUAAGCCUGUAUCUACCUGGAAGAAAAAUAAUAAAGGGAGGCGACCUAUACAACAUGUAGCUACUGGUGGUUUUCUGAACUGGGUGGCUGAGAAUGGGAAUGAAGUGGAGGAGAGCAGGACAGAAACGGUGGAGAAAAAACAACCCGAGGUAAUAAAAGAAAAAUUGAAAGAAGAAAAGGAAGAAAAGGAGGAAGUUGUCCAGCCCCCCUGGGCUAAGGAUAUCCGUAAGGGGGCCUCUCUCAGGAGGGGGGUGAUACCCCCUACUACAAAGGAGGAGCCUCUGCCUGAGAAGAGACCACCACCUCCUGCUGUUCACAGGGCAAAACCAACCCUGCCGCUCCAAACACCCGCAAAACCAGACAGCAAACCUACCACCCCUACAGAAACUCCUGUAACCACACCAGGAACUCCAUUAGACUCGAAGGCAGUAGAGGAGCUCCGUGGUGAGGUCCGGACGCUGAAGGAACAGAUGAACAAGAUGCAGUCGGACCAGAGACGCAGAAUGAACGAGCUCCUGAACGAGAUUGACGAGGAGAAGAAGGUGCGCAUGGCCAUGCAGGUUGAGCUGGACAGACUCAAGAAGCUGGUCAUGUCAUAACACUGCGGCCUUGUGGGAAGACUGAAAGGAAUUGUGGGAGUUUGGGUGAACGUGACCACCUCGGUGCUGUAUUCUGUGUGUAUAGAGAGAGACUAUGGGGGAAAAUAGGAAAUUAGAAUCAAUCACUUAUGCCUUGUUAUGUCUGUUCAAUCCUAUGAUAUUUAGCAAGAAAAAAGGUGGUGAAAUCACCAUUUUGAUAAUCAUAUAUUACCAGGUCAUUGUCAUUUGAAUAUUUCCUUAGAGCUGUGUCAGCCUUUGCUCGUAGCUACUGCUUAUGAAAUGAUUGAAAUUCUUGGUGACUUCACUCACAAAACUAGCAACAAACAGCAACUACAUGUAGUUUCUAAGGUCUCAGAGAUAAUAAACUAUCCAGUUCCAAUGCAAACAAUUUUUAUGAAGGUGCAACAUUCUUUAGGUAAUACUUGUUCACCUUUAUCUGCAGGGCAACCCACAUCCGUUGUUUUUAAAAACGGUACUUGGUGAUUUCAAGUCAACUAUUUCAAAUUGCAAUAUUUUCAAAAUAUUGCAUUUUUUAAAACAACUGUAUGCAUCAUUUAACUUGAUAUGUCUAAGAACCCUGUUUUUAAAAACAACGGAUGUAGGUUACCCCACGGAUAAAGGUGAGCUAAUGUUAAUUACUAUGGUUAAAGUUUAACCCUCAGCACUCCAAGGGUGCCCUUAAUCAAUACAUGGUAUCUACAUGUACAUUUGUAUGUACCUGGCACCUCAUUAGAGAGAGGACUUAAGGUUAAUAGACAGCAGAAGCAGCUUGUCUUUACCUUUCCUAGAACUUCUUAACCACAUGUCAGUGAAACACUUCAGGUAGACUACAACUCUCAUUUUCAAAGGACUUUCAUUUCUGUAAAGUCUUCUGUACGAAAUCAAGCAGUCUAAAAUAUCCAGAGGAAGUACUUGAACUUGGCAGAAAAUUUAUUUUGUGUACUCAUCAGUUAUACUCAUCAGUUAUGUUCAGAAGAUAACAUUGUGUUCCUGCCAAAUCAAAGCAUUCUAUAGUAAGAUGCAUUUGUAAAUUGUAUGACAUGAUACACUGUACAGAGGCUACUAGAGGCUAGAAGUCAGCACAUAAAAGUACAUUUAACAAUGCUGCAAACCAAUGAACAACAUUUAUAUAGAUGUGUUUCUAUGUACAUUUACUGUAUCACUAGCAAAUCUACACUUUAUGUAUACUUAAACCUAAGUGCUCAUUAAAAUGAAGGACACUAUUAGUUGAUAAUUGUGUAGUUUUGGGGUCUCACACCAGAGUACCUCUGCACUCCAAAACAAAACAAUAUAUGGGCAUACUUCUGUAUAGUCACAUCAAAUGGUAUGUUCCCAAAGGAACCAUUCUGGUUGGUUGAGAGUAUGUUGAGGUUUCAUACAAUGUUAUUGGCUGUAAAUGUCAACUCUGCACUACACAGGACAGUGCAUAUUGUAGUCUUUAUGCAAGGUUCUAAAAGCAAUAUUAGUCAAUGCCUUAGUACUCUGUGGUUUUCUCCUGAUGAUGCCAUGGGCAGUUACACACCUGCACUGUCCGCUAGCCCUUAUGUCCACCUAGGUAAUCUCCAAGCAGAUCUUUGGAGGGCAAACUCAUAACUGACACAGUGGGCAGUGCAACAGAUCUUGGUCAGCAGAUUGCCCCCAGAACUUCUUUGAGAUUAGACCUAGACACAAGAAAAUGUUUGAAUCCCAAAGAAUUCUGCUGGCUGCAAAACAUUUAAAUGUAUUUUCUUCAUAUUUGGUUCCCACGAAUGUAAGCAAUGGGUAGAAUUGGUGCUGGUGCCUUUUGCAACAAGACUUAAUUGACAAGCAAUUACUGGAAGUUUCUGGUAGCUUACUCUUUUGGUGUUCCAGAGGUUUUAAGUUUGUCAUGCAGCAAAGUAGAUUCUAUUGUAGAAACAGCAAAGUGAAAGAAUGCAUUACAUCGCAUCACAUAAGAUUUUAUUUCUGUGUCAGAUUACUUUGCUGGUUACAGUUGAUCAUUAGCCAAUGAAAACACUUUCCCAUUUUCAUGAGCCAAUCAGAACAAGUGUGACAAUGCCUUAUACAUAGUGACAUGCUCUUAUGGCUCUCUGUCGACUGUUUUGAUUUGUCGAUAGCUUGUUGUCUGUAAUUUGUUUAAAUGCUGCAGACUUCUGACUCAUGAGAACUAGCUAUACAAGUUAUAAUUCUAUUGUUAUCAAUAUGGGGCCUUCAUUCAAUGAGUAAUUUUUUUGUGUAUUUUGAUGUUAUUUGUAUCAUUUAAAUGGGGCUGUUGUACAGCACUAUAUACUACAAGUAUCAGCCUAGAUGAUCUUUAUAGUACUUUAUGGCAUCUAUUAUAUAGUUUUUCUUUAUAUAUUGUAGACGAAAUAUGAAUAUUUUCCUUCUGAUUUAGAGUUUGCAUCUGCCUUUAAAUAUAUAAUGUACUUAUGCCUAA